AUGGCGGAGAGAAAGCCUGUGCAGAACACAUCAGAUCUUGAGGCCGCCAUGGUCUCCAUCAUUGAUGUUUUCCACAAGUACUCAGGACACAAAUGCUACCUGAAGAAGGCCGAACUGAAAGACCUCAUCAACCAUGAGAUGAAGCAUUUCAUUAAGAAAGUCCAGGACAACGACACUCUGGACCAGCUGUUCAAUGACCUGGAUCAGAAUGGCGACCUGGAGAUCGACUUCCAGGAGUUCAUAGCCCUCAUCGCCAUGGUCACCUCAGCGUGUCACGACUUCUUACCUGCACAUCGCUGAGAGGAGAUGCCCUGACCUGCAAUAUACUGCAAAGCAAAAAGGCAGUGACUACACAGAACUCCGAACUGGGUUAUGGGACUUUAAAAUGAUCCUAUUGUCCAGCCAAGUAGUUUUAGGUGGAUUCAUAGUUGAAUUACUUUAUAUUGUCACAUUCCUUGCAAAUAUGCCAUUGAAAUCAUACAAACUUAUUUUCAACAACAAUGCAGUAGCUGCCUUCUUGCUUUGUACGGCAGUAUAUAUCACAGGUGUCAAACCCAAACGGGCCCACAGUCAUUGUAUGUGGCCCGUGAGAUAAUUUCAAAUGUGCAUUAGAG